UCAACUUAGCUACCGUUGACACAUUAUUUUUCGCUUUCCUCUAGGUUAAAAUAUUUUUGUAUCUUCGCUGUUAGCAAUUGACACUAUCGGGCUGUGACAGGAUGACAAUAAUUCCGAUGAAACCAAACACGUUCUCAUUGGAGGAAGUUUCAUACCACAACGACGUGUCUUCCUGUUGGAUUGUAAUUCAGGAUAAAGUGUAUGAUUUGACUAACUUCUUGUACGAGCAUCCUGGAGGACUUGAAAUAAUAUUGGAACAUGCAGGUAUGGAUGCAACCACCGUAUUCCACGACAUAGGUCACUCGACGGAAGCAAAAAAGAUUCUCUCGAAAUACUUUAUUGGAGAGCUUAGAGAGACCGACAGAAUCUACAAUGACAAGCCCAAGCCUUAACGGACAAACAAAGUUAAAACGUCGGUUCGAGAUGACUGAAAUUCCGAUGCAGGAACUUACAAGAAAACACUACAGAUGAUGAUGCGUUUGGCAACCUGAGAAUACGACAAGUCUAUUUUCCGUAGGUGCGAAGAACAAUGGAAGUGAUUCUUCUUUGUGAAAGAAGUUAAACCCUUAAGAACUUACUCUGAAGACAAAGCCAGUCAUACCCACUUUGUCUUCUUCCGGCAAUCCCUACGGGGGCAGUGACAUGAGAAUAAAAAAGACCCUGGGAAUGAGGUUGACUGCUAAUGCACAAAACACUCCACAAGAUAGAGCGAUGUCAGCUUUAUUGCUACGAGAUAUCUGUAAUUUGGACUCAAGUUUUACUUAGGCUAAGUUGGGUCCUUGAGAAAUCUGAUCGUUAAAUCGAGCAAAAACAGGCUAGCUAUCAAAGUAAGAAAAGCGUUUCAAUAAAUGUUGUUUGUUUGAACUACUGCUUUGACUACCUGUAGGUUAACCAUUCAAUUUUACAGGUCAAAUGACAUCCUUUUGUUACUAGAAAGUAAUGUAAAACUACAAACCUAGAUUAGCAUGUUAAUGUUUAAGUUUAAAAUUGAUGUGCACAAAAACUGUCAGGAAUGCAGUAAAAGAGAACCACUGAUGGAAUGUGUUAAAUGUUACCGCUUGUUUACUUCUGUGCCUUAAUACAAAGACAGGGGAACGUUUGGUCUUGUAAGCUAUUUCGUGAUAACAAAAGGAGCUUUUGAUUUUGUCUGAUUUCAUCCUACAAUAACCUAAAGGGCGAUUUCUAAGAAACAUCAACUUUUGAAUCGAAAUUCCUCUACUAUUACUACGAGGAACGAGUACCUUAAUAUGUUAAUUCAUAUCAGACGUAAGGGUUUUUCCAUAAGGUACCGUUUUCGUUAAGAUACGGGCCUAAGUCCCAAAUAAACUUUUUA